AUUCAACCUUGAGAAGUUUUAUCCUGUCUACAUGUAUGUGCAGAGUCGCUUCAGUUUUUUUAACCGCAGCUCUGUAAGUUCAACGCCCUGUGAGCAGCUGUUUAUGGAAGCACACAAGAAAGAAAGUGCAGAACAUGCGGGCACAAGGGUCAUUCUGAAGGAAUAUUACAGAAAGUACCUGCAAGUCUUGUGGACUUAUCCCUUUUAUGGGUAAGAUAGCAGAAAGCCAAAUAUCUGCUUGGAUAUAUUGAUGACAUGGAUCCUUUAAUCCCUCCAUGCCUAGUAAUGAAAGCUGUCCAACAGCGACACACUUUUGCUGUAAUAGAAUUACAGCUAGUCCUCGACUUAUGACCACGAUCGGUUCCGACAGACCGGUCGUAACAUGAUUUGGUCGUAAGUUGAGUACACUAUGUGUACAGUAAUGUGAAGUGAUGUUAUAAAAAUAUUUAAGUUAAAUUAUGUCAAAAAAUUUCUUUUAUUAUUGUUAUAAAUCAUAAUUUUCGAUGUUCACGACCGCCGAUGAUUGCAGACAACCCCGUUCGACUGAUAAUUGAGGCAGAAAUAAAUCUGAAAUCUAAUACAGUAGGGCUAGUGAUUGUUGUGGUAAAGUUGAAUGGUCGUAAGUUGCAUAGGUCGUAAGCUGAGCACUAGCUGUACAGUUUUGUGAAAUACCUUCAAGCAUAAAAUAAAAAAGACAAUGUUCGAGUAUUUCAUUGAGAUUUUUAACUUCUCAUACGCCAGUCACCAUUUCCUAAUGCCAUCCUUUGUUUUGAGUAUCAGUAACUGCUGUCCCCACUGUUCACAUAGAAUUCUUCUUCUUCUUUCAUUCAUUAAUCCAACUUUGCUUCUUAUGUUUUUUUGCAGAGGUGCUUUUUUCUUUGGUUCAGUUGAACCCAAGGCCAACAGGCUUCGCAAGCUCAUUGCUUCCUUGCCUCUGAUGAAGGUGAAUAUUUGUAUCAAUACUGACGGUGUGGCCGUAUUCAACGGCCAAAAAGAGGUGAGAUGCCAACAGGCUUUAUUAUUGCCGAGCUUUAUUUAUUUAUUUAUUUCAACUAGAUCAGUGCUGUGUCCCGCGGACUGGUUUUAAGUGGCUUGAGACAUUUUUACCGUUAGUGUAAAAAAAAUAAACAUGUUAGAUUUAGAUGGGGGGGAAAAAGCAAACUACAUUCAGUUAUUCAGUAUUGUUGGGAAAUCGCAUGAGAGCACAGGAGAAGCGGUGGUAUUCGAAAAAAAGAAAGAGCAUGGCAAAAGAAGAGGGAUGCUUGACAGUUGGCAGUAAUUUAUGUUAAGUGUGUCAGCAGAUGAACAUUGUGGGACCAUGGGGUGACAUGAAAUCGGAUACUAACUUCAUCUCCUUCUGCUGCUUCGAACAGCCUAAAAAAGGGGGCAGGGCUUGUCUUGCUGUACGGAUAUAAUUACUAACGGUGUUACUACUGGAGAGAUGAAUUUCGAAACUUAAAGUAUGGUAACUUGAUGCGUAGCUAGCUAUUCGCCGUAAAAAUGUCCUUGCACACCAACGGGAUUGAUUUAGAUGAACUAGAUAUGUGAGCACCACAUGUUAAACGACUGGGCUUUAUGGGAGGAUAAUAAUAAGACAGGGGUUAACAAGAUGAGAUCUGGGCCACUAAAGGUGUCGCAAAUGACUGGAGGGGAAUGUGAAGCAGUUGAAACGAAUUAGGCAGUCUGCCCAGGUGGGGGCAGUAGCUCCGUCAUCUAUUUUUAGACGAAAUUAGACUAGUACAUGGUAUAGUGGUCGGAGUAGGAUCAAUUUCAGGAGUAGAAAGCAGGAUAAAAGCUGUGUUUGUUUGUAUUUGGUGCAAUUCAUAGAAAGAGAAAUUCUGAGAGACAGUACGAAUGCUUCUUUGCAUGUAAAAAACAGAAAGUUACAGAAGAGAAACGUACUUUUAAGCGCUUCAUGGGAACUGGAAUUUUUUAAAAAUUGUUCAAUAAAAAGCCAGUGUGUUUGAUAUGCCAGACUUGUAUUUCUGUUAUGAAAAAGGCCAAGAAAUACCUUAAGUUAGUGCAUGCAGAUUUUGAGAAAGACUCUCCAGUUGGAACAAAGUUAACAGACGACAAAGUUAUUUCUUCAGAAAGUCAUCUGAAUGGCAAGCAAAAUGUUUUUCAUCGGAUUUUGAGCUCCAGUGACUGUGCCACUGAAGCAUCUUUUAAUAUUAGCGGGAUAUUAGCUAAGAAGCAAAAAAUAAUAUUCAGACGGUGAAAAUGUUAAACUUUGUUUUAAGAAUGUGCAGAUUCAUUAUUUGCUGAAUUUUAAAUUAAAGAAGAAAUAAAAAAUAAAAAUAUCUAAUCUUCAGCUUACUCACCAGACUGCAGCAAGACGUGUUGAAAAUAUGCCCGGGGAUAUAUUUGAGCAGUCGCUUCAUGAUUUGACAACAUACUACCGGUUUUAGUCUUGCAUUGGAUGAAUCUUGUGAUAUCAUUGACAUAGUCCAAUUCAUUUUUUGGGUUAGAUUUGAACAUGGCACAUGGAUUUAAAGAAGAACUACAUCAUGUCGGGUUCUUCCGAUUAGUCACCUAAUCAUACAUUUUGCCCAAGCAACUCCUGGUGCAAAUAUAAGCUUGAUCAUACCAAAUGCAAGCACACAAAAAUGGCCUCCCUGAAGCAGUUAUACACUUCCUUGAGCCUGUAUUUCAGGAUCUAGCUAACGAGCAGUUGCUCAGUUAAUGUCUUCACGGAAAGACUGAAAACAACGAAUGCGUAAAUAAGUUAAUCUGGGAUGGUUGCUCAAAAAGAGUAUUUUGUUGAAAAAGAAACAGUGGAGGAGGCAUUCUAUAGUGCUGUGUCACAUUUUAAUGAUGGAGCUUCAUCUAUAUUAAAAUUAUUGGAACACCUUGAGAUCCGGGUACCAGCUCUAAUUUGUUUAAUUUCUCAUCAGCUGAUCAAGUUAUACCCAGAUUUGAAACUUGAUCGGCCAAUAAUAAGUGCUCUUUUUUUAUUGCAGUUGACUGAUCUUUAAGUUUUAGUGUAAAUUUCCAUAAACACAUGAAUUUAAUGUUAUACUGAAAUAAUGUUAUUUCUGAGAGUUUAUAAACUUUUCUAUAUCUAGUUAAGAAAUUUAAAUUACCUUAUUUAAAAAUUACUCUUGAUCAUAAAACAAUUGCACAAAGCAUUUAUUGUAAAAAUGGCCCACGUCGGCAGGACAUUUUUUAAGUAAAAAUGUGUAAUUCAUUUUGAUUUUUAAAAUAGAAAAAUAAAAGAAAGCAUUUCUAAAAAAAACAAACAUGUUUAGCAUCAGGAAAGCGCUAGAAUGCCUCAUAAGGUUGGCUGUAAACUAGUGCCAUCUCUUAGGAGUACAGUGUUUUGAAGUGCUUGUACAAUAAACUUUACUUAGUUGAUAAUUUCUUCACAAAUUGUGAAAGGGCAUUUCAAUUAUUAACCAAAACUAACCUGACUUAUUCUGUGGUGCGAGUCACAAUAGAUCAGCUCACUUGACUUAUUCUGUGGUGCGAGUCACAAUAGAUUAGCUCACUUAAUUUAUUCUGUGGUGCGAGUCACAAUAGAUUAGCUCACUUGACUUAUUCUGUGGUGCGAGUCACAAUAGAUUAGCUCACUUAAUUUAUUCUGUGGUGCGAGUCACAAUAGAUUAGCUCACUUGACUUAUUCUGUGGUGCGAGUCACAAUAGAUUAGCGCACUUGACUUAUUCUGUGGUGCGAGUCACAAUAGAUCAGCUCAACUAAUUUAUUUAUUAAAACCCAGGAACUUCUCAUUUAUGUGCCUUACUCCCAACUGUCGUGGAACUACCGAGACUUGCCUUGGGAUGGUGAUUCCGACCCACUGCCAACACUGAUGAUGCAGUUCCUGUGUGAUGAGCAGUCGGCAGAGUCCCCGGGUAAACCUGUUACAAAACUGCUACAGAUCUUCUCUUAUGAGGUAAGGUGCUUCAAAAAUUUCGUUGAAGCUAACAAAAAUGGUUAAUUCUAUCUACAUAAAAAUUGAUUUUAUCGAAAUAAAUAAUUGGUGAUUCCUAAGGCCACAAAGGUGCUGCAGUGUUUAACUUAACAGCAGGGCUUCUAGUUUUGUAAUGGAACUUUCAGUUUUGUAAUAUAAUUUAUGACACUAGAUUACCACCCAUAACUGUCAGCAUUGAUGAUUCUCCUAUGGGGGGGGGGGGGGGAGAAUGGUUUUCACAUCAAUCCUUUCACCUACCCUCUCAAAUCUCAUACAGACUCUGCUUACCAUCACCUCCACUUACCUCCAGCACUUUCACCCUCUACCUUCUCUCCCACACACACAGAUGUUGGCCUUAAGAGACAUUUACUUAAUGGGCAUUCUUAGCUAAUACUUAAACGCUUUAUACUGGAAAACGAAACUGCAAAAAAUAAAAUAAUUAUUUUUCAAAAAUGUAUAUUAUCAAAGAAAUAUUUCUCUUCAUUCGUUCAUUAAAAUAUUUUUAAAAAUCUUGUUACAAAUCGGGAAUCAAUAUUUUACACAGAAAGUACAAGAAAUAAUAGCUUAUAGUCUUGGAAGAAAGUAAUUAAGAAAUAAUAGCUUAUAGUAUAGCUCUAGAAGAAAGUAAUUAAGAAAUAAUAGCUUAUAGCUCCGAAAUAAAGUACUAAACAUGUUGGCAUGUUAGGUAAUAUUUCCGCACUUUGUACUAAUACAAUUUUGUGCUAAUUAAUAAUCAAUAUUUUAUUUUGAUCACAUAUUGUAUGUAUGGUAACAGGAAGUCUUAAUUAAAGCAGAAGCUGAAGGUUUAUUAAUAUAGAAAAGAAUAACCAGUUAAAUUAAAAAUAUAUGGUCAUUGACUGAACACAUGAUUGCAUUGAUUAUUGACUGAACACAUGAUUGCUUUUAUUAUUGACUGAACGCAAUGCAAGCUUUUGAUUAGUGACUGAACCUAAAAAGCUUUGAUUAUUGACUGAACAGAUGAAUGGUUGGAUUAUUGACUUAACAGUAACAGAUUUGAAUGCUUUGAUUAUUGACUGAAAACAUAAGAACACUUUGAUUAUUGACUCCACACAUGUCUCUGUGAUUUAAGGCCAAGCUAAUGAAUGCUCUGAUUGAAACAUGUGUGGAUAGAAAGUUGGCGGAAAAGAAUAAUGUUGGGAAGGAUUUUACUGACGGGCCUUUGGGUGAGGAAAAUUGAUAAUAAACAAAUAUUUUCUGUAUAAUUAUGUCUGAAUAAUUAUAUUCAUUUGUAAAAGUGAUUUGGAUUCUUUAAAGAUUCUUUUGCAAUUUGUAUUUAAUUUUUUUAUUACUGUUUCAUUAAAAACAAUUCUUUUUGUUGAAAGACAUAGCUGAAAAAAAGUUACUGAACAAACUGAACAAAUUGACUCUGGAGACAUACACCCAGGAUGGUAUGUAGUCUUUGAUUUUGUUUUACUAUAAAUGGUAGGCCUACUUCACAAGUUAGCGCAGAUUUCUUGAAAGAACAAAACAAUAUGGUUUGCUUGGAAUUGGUUUUAGUUUUAGGUUACCAGAGUGCAAGAUACCGCGAUUAUCCUGAGAUAAUAUUUUGAGAGCAGGGACAGAUUUUUAAAAUGUCAUUUUAUAGAUUAGCCAAAAAAUAGUGCCUUAUCUAUUUCUAGCAAAAAAAUAGUGCCAUAGCUAUUUCUUAAAAGCGCCAGAGUCUCUUGUUUCUGACCAGUUUCUGACCACCUGCCUUAGCCCUGAAAUAAUCCCUAAAUGUUCUUCUAAAGCCAUUGAAUAUUUGUACUCUCUGCACUCUGCAGGUGAACAACUAUCGAUUGAUUAAAUCUUUGGAUGUUCAAAAAGAAACUGAGAAACCUCUGCCUUAUCAAGCUAGAUGCUGAGCAAUAUAGCUACAAAGAAUCUAACGCUGGGAGCUGG